GCUGAAGCAAUGGAGCCAGAGAAAAAGUUCCCGUUUAAAUGCAAAGAAAUCCAUUUCCUAACUGACUUCUCCUCACCUGAAAAUUUAGAGUCACUGGACAGUUUUGAAACCCGAGAUGAUGAUAUAUUCAUAAUUACAUAUCCUAAAUCUGGCACUAUAUGGACUCAGAAUAUUAUCAGCUUGAUUCUUUAUGAAGGUCAUCGAGAUGAAACUGAAAAUAUUACCCUGAUUGACAGAGCUCCAUGGCUGGAAUAUAAUAUUUUCAGUGUAGAUUUUCCCAGUCGCCCAUCGCCUCGUGUAUUUACUUCCCACCUGCCUUACAAUUUGGUACCCGAAGGAUUACAAAACAGAAGAGCAAAAAUUAUUUAUGUACUUCGAAAUCCAAAGGAUGUCUUGGUUUCCAGCUAUCAUUUUUUUCAAAGGCCAGUCGGAAUACAAUCCAUAAAGGAUUUUGAUACAUUCUUGGAGAACUUUUUGGUUGGCAAAGUGUUCGGUGGUUCGUGGCUAGACCAUGUAAAAGGCUGGUAUGCUCAUAAGGAUGAUUUCAAUAUUCUUUUCCUUUCUUAUGAAGAAAUGAAAAAGGAUUUGAGAAGUUCUGUACUGAAAAUAUGCAACUUCCUAGGAAGAGAACUAACUGAAAAGGAGGUGGAUGAGGUGGUGUAUAAAGCGACAUUUGAUAACAUGAAGGUGGAUUCUAGAGCAAACUACACAUUCAUGGCUCGUGAUAUUCCAAGUUUCAGCAAAGGAGACUUCCUUCGCAAAGGCACUGUUGGCGACUGGAAGAAUCUCAUGACUGUUGCCCAGAGUGAAAGGUUUGACCGUGUCUUUAAGGAGAGGAUGGAGUCGCUGCCCUUCAAGUUCUGCUGGGAUAUUCAGGAGCAGCCUGAACCUAUUUCCUGAUCACUGGAGAAAAAUAAUAUCUGAUACACACCUUCAAAUGGUUUGAAUCUGAAAUGACCCUCCAAAAAGAAUCUUUAUGUCACCUUGCAAUGUUUAAUUCUCAACUCUGCAGGGACCAUAGGACAAAGCAAUAUUAAAUUCUUUGUCAUUUUUAGGGCAUUUGUUUGUUGAUUUAGAUUUCCAUAGCUAACUGACCAGUGGUGGGUUUCAAAUAUUUUCCCUACUGGUUCGCCCUACUGGUUUGAAGGGCGUGGCUUCGUGGGCGUGGUUGGUGGUGACCAAGUGGGCACAGCCAACUCGAUAUCAUUCACAGCAAUGUGGGGCAGCACCACCCCACCAAGCCACACCCACCCAAACCAUGCAUUCCACUUGGCUGCUUCUCACCUCCUCAUGUUUGCUCUGUGUAAAUGAGCAAAAGAAGGAGGAGAGAAUGAGCCACGUUGAAUGCUGUGGCAGAGAGAAGCAGAACAUUGCUGCCUCCCUUCACAGCGAAUUUGCUCAGAAGGCAGCUCCUGUGGCUGCCUGUCCCUUUUUAGUCCCCCCUCCCCCUGUCGAAGUACCUUAAAGACUAAGGCUGGCGUCUGCCUUCUGAGCAUCUCCGCUGUGAUGCCCUCCCUCCAGUGCAACACUGUUCUCCUGGCUGGCCGGCCAUGAGCAGCAACAGCAGGCAACUGGGGUGCACAUACAUGACCAGUGCAAACAGGGCGACGACAGUGCCAAGGGUCGCCGGACUUGUCCCAUGAUUGUUGCCGCCAUCUUGUUCAUGUAUACCCCAUUGCCUGCUGGUGCCGCUUCUGGUCAGCCACCGGACCUGGCCAGGAGAAUGGCCUGCCGUGCCAGAGGGACAGCGUCACAGCAGAGCUUCUUGGAAAGUAGCCAAAAAUUACCAGCAGCUGAAGGCUUCCCACAAAAGGUGGCCAAGCCUUGCCAUGCUCCCACCACCACCAUGGUGACCAGAAUUUAAGGUAGGUGAGCGAGGCAGAGGGAGGGAAGCCAGUGAGUGGAUGGCCACUCUGAGGCAAGGCCAGAGCCGGGGAAUGGCGUAUAAUCCAACCCAGCCAAUGGCAAUGUACAUAGCUGGGACACGUGGUGAAGCAAAGGCAAUAUAUAUAGGGGUUGGGUGGGUGAGGCAAGCAUCGGGCAGUUGGGGUUGGCGAGCGAGCCUUGGGCGGGUGGGCGGGGCUAGCAAGUGGCAAGCAGGUACACUGGGUGAGCAAGUGGCGAGCAGACAGGUGGCAGGGCGAGCAAACAGCGACCAGGUGACCAUUUCAGGGGCAUGACCCACCAGCAGUCGCUACUGGUUCUUGUCAUAUUUCCAGUACCGGUUCAAAUGAACCGGUGCGAACCAGCUGAAUACCAUCUCUGUACCUGACUUUGGGUAUUAUACAUGAAAUAAAGACCCACAAAAACAACAUAGCAAAUAAAAAAGAUGACAAAAAAACCCCAAAACCUGUAAAACAUAUUCACAACAGCUAGACCCAUUUAUUAUAUUUUCUGCUUCCCUGAAGAUAUAUAUUGCUUGAUGUAUCAUCUUAGCCCAACUCCUAAUGGGAAAAUCAAGUUUUUAACUGGGUUUUUUUUUAUGAAGGCUGACGUACUCAGGUUACUACAAAUAUUGGCACCCAAUGGAUGGGGUGGAGAAGAGAUUGAAAAAAGGCAUAUAACCUACAUCUCAUCUGAUUAUAUUAUUUAUUAUUUAAACACCUUUAUAUGGCCACCAUUAAUGUCUUCCA